UCCUCUCAGCAGCAGGCUGUGAAUUUGGUGGGGAUGGUGACUCUCUCCAGUCAGCUCCAGGAUGGGAGCCAGGGGAUGAAGAACCUGGAGGGGGCCCAGGACAAACCUCCUCAGACCAGAGGUAUGUCUGAGGAGUCCCAGGACAAGCCUCCUCAGACCAGAGGGAAUGAGGAGCCAGCAGAGGAGCUGGAGCUGAAGAAGAAGAAGAAGAAGAAGAAAAACAGGGGCUUCACAGCAACCUUUAAGGCAUGUCUCCAGGUGGACCCUCUCAACUCGUCCGGCUGCUCUUUCCAGCCUCAGGCUCCUUGUGUUUCUGGGAAGACUGGUAUCAAGCCAGCAUGGACUACUCCUGACAACUCCACACGUCCCUCGCAGCAGGCUGUGAAUGUGGAGGUGGUGACUCCCUUCAGUCAGCUCCAGGAUGGGAGCCAGGGGAUGGAGAACCUGGAGGAGUCUCAGGACAAGCCUCCUCAGACCAGAGGUAUGUCUGAGGAGCCCCGGGACAAGUCUCCUCAGACCAGAGGUAUAUCUGAGGAGCCCAAGGACAAGCCUCCUCAGGCCAGAGGGAAUGAGGAGCCAGCAGAGGAGCUGGAGUUGAAGAAGAAGAAGAAGAAGAAAAGGAGCUUCACAGCAACCUUUAAGGCAUGUCUCCAGAUGAACCCUGGCAACCGGGCCGGCUGCUCUGCCCAGCCUCAGGCUCCUCGGGAUUCUGGGAAGACUGGUGCCCAGCCAGCCUCCAGUCCUCCUGACAACUCCACACGUCCCUCGCAGCAGGCUGAGAGUGUGGUGGAGCUGGUGACUCCCUUCAGUCAGCUCCAGGAUGGGAGCCAGGGGAUGGAGAACCUGGAGGAGGGCCAGGAGGAAAGGGACGAGGAGCCAGCAGAGGAGACGGAGCUGAGGAAGAAGAGGGGCUUCACAGCAACCUUUCGAAGAGCUGUCAAUGCCGUCAGACGCCGCUUCACCCCCCGCGUCUCCGCCAUGCAAGGCUAAGGGGACCAGCUCACUCAAACGCUGAAGGCUGUGAGGGUAACAAGCCACUGUUAGCCUCACAGUUACAGCUCAGGCAUUCCCAGUGCCGUGUUGGUGCUUCACAUGAAGCGCAUCCCCAAUGAUGGAGCAAAAGUGAGGAAGUGACUGAUGCUGUUAGCAUUCCUCUGUUGCCCCUGUUGCCUCUGGCUUCGCUCAUUUGAGAGCAGGGUGAUGCUGCUGAGAUGGACACAUUGCGGUACGUC